CUGCAGCUCCUUGUUAGGCCUGUGAUUGAAUUCAGUAAAGCUGGCAGCAGAGGGCGCGCUAACGCGCAAGGUCCGGGUUCUGUUCACUCCUGAGUGAAAGGAUCACCGUCAAGAUGGACCCUGUAUGAGAGGAAAAGGAGGAGGAGGAAUCCAGGAAGGAGGAGGGCAGAGAGGAAGAGGAAAGAAAAGUAGGAGGAAAUUACCAGCAGCAGCCACCACCCCCUUCCCUCCCGACAGACCUGAGUGUCUGAUCCCAGAUUGGGCACCCCCGGAGCAUCUACGCUCUGCCAGGGAAGCCUGAUUGUUCAAGAAAGCGGGCGGAGAACGGGGGUCCGGAGCGGAGGACUGCGCGGAUCCGCUCCCACCAGGCUGGGAUCCCGGAGCGGCAUGGGGAAGUGACCUGCGCAAGGAAGGGAGAGCUUGGCACCAUGCAGUCCUUCCGGGAGCAGAGUAACUACCAUGGAAAUCCUUCAUCUUAUCCACCAGAAACUCAUGGACCUUCAAGGUUGGAAGAAUACAGCCCCCGACAACAGGCUCAGAUAUUCCAAGGCAGCUUUGGAGGACGCAGGUCUGGGACAGCCACUCCUACUGCUGUAGCUCCAGGAGAAAAUUCUAAUCUGCAAAAUUAUCAAGCUUACCGCAAAGAAUCAGGUGACUUCUAUUACCUAAGCAACAAAGAAGCAGGCACCACAGGGGGGCAGACACAGCAGCGUCGACUACCUGGUCCAGUGCAAAGUUAUGGUCCACCCCAAGAAAGUAGCAGUAGCAGCAGCAGCACAGGCUUCAGCAGUCACUAUGGGAGAGAGGGUCACCACAGCCAAUUUGCAGGACAGCAUUCUUCUUCAGCUAGUCUUUCUCAGUACUCACAGGAUUUUCCUGGGUCCUUCUCUCCUGGUAGUGGACAGUAUUCACCACAUGUUUCAAGUCAGCAGCUUAGACAUCAACUUUAUCAGUCACAUCAGCCUAUUUCUCAAGCUGGUAAUCCACCUGCAUCCACAGGAACCUCACAUCUACAGCAAAUUCAGCGUUCUGCCAAUCUGAACUCUCCUUCUGGUUAUCCCCUUCGAAUGGGCCAGUUUGCUCAACAUUAUCAGUCUUCACCAGGAUCAUCAUCAUCUAGUUCUUAUCCUACUCAGAGAUUUGGACAGUCGGGAACAAACUAUGAAGGCUACAGCCCUGGUGGUACCAGCUCUCCAUAUGAGAGUCAUAUGUCUGCAUCCUCCUAUGGGACUCAACAAGGAUAUAGUACUUAUACCAGCCAGCACUUAAAAACCUUUGAGGCAGCUAAGUUGCCUCAAGGAGGGAGUCAAGGACAGCAGCAGCAGAACCCUUCUCAUUUAAUGCAGUACUCCAACUCCUCUAAAUUACUUACUCAAAAUCAGACUGGACAGUAUAAUCAAUCUGAAGUUCCUGUACGAUCACCUAUGCAGUUCCAGCAGAACUUUAGCCCCAUCUCAAAUCCUUCUCCAGCUGCUUCUGUAGUACAGUCUCCAAGUUGCAGCUCGACACCAUCCCCACUGAUGACCAGUGGUGAAAACAUUCAGUGUGGUCAAGGAAAUGUCACACUUCAAUCCAGAAACCGUAUAUUGCCAGUGAUGCCGCAAUUAAGUCCUAACACCCAAAUCGCAAGUUUUAAAGGUUAUGGUGUAGACGGUCCACAUGAAAAGCGUUUAACAGAUCCAGGUCUAAGUAGUCUUAGUGCACUCAGCAGCCAGGUUGCUAACUUGCCUAAUACAGUUCAACAUAUGUUGCUUUCUGAUGCCUUAGCACCUCACAAAAAGGGUGGUAAACGGACUUCUCGGAAAACUGAUAGCUGUGCCAAUUCUGAAACAUCAUCCCAAGCUGAAGAGCAGCUAAAAUCCCCAAUGGCAGAGUCAUUGGAUGGCAGCUGUUCUAGUAGUUCAGGUGAUCCAGGUGAAAGGGUAAGACAGCUAAGUGGCCAGAGCACCAGCUCAGAAGCAGGUUACAAGGGACCGCCAUCAGAAAAACCACCUUCACCUGUCCACACUUGGCAGACUGAACCUUCAGGAAAGACUGUAGUUCAAGAUAUUGAUACAGUGCCUGAACCAGCAGAAACCUUUCAGGAAAUUUCCAAGCCAAGUGAAAAGUCAGUUGGAGUUAUUGUUUCAACAGAAACUGUGGCAAAUAGAUCAGAGAAAGUAGUUGAUGAGGCUCCAACCCACAUUACUAAUGAUGAUGAACCAACCCCAGAGCCUGAUUUGCCUGAAACUGGAAAAGAGGAAGAUACCAAGACUUGUCAGAAUGGAGAACCUAAUAUGGUUGAUGCUGGCUCUACUACAAUAGUUAAUGUACCCCUAAUAGAAACUGAUAAAUCUCCUGUAGAAGCUGGAUUUGGAUUUAAGGAAGCACCCUCUAAUUCUCAAAAUACUUCUGGUGUGCCGCAACAACCUAAAAAUUCAGAUACAGGGACAUUUGGGGGACAGAGCGAACGGAAAACGGGAAGAAAUGAUAAGUAUCCAAGCCUUUUGCAGGAAGUCCUUCAAGGACACCAUCAACAAGAAAGAAGAUAUGUAAGAAACGCACAAGAGCAGCCUUCAGUUACUGAAAGUGCUGAGGUACCAUUGAGGCCCAAUGUUCUUAUGAGUCAGGCCAAUGACCAACCUAAUCGCAGCAUACUUGGAAAGACUUUAGCACCACAUUUAGAAUCCUCACAUUGGGGACAGUGGGAUAGGAAGCCUACAUCAGAAGUCAAACAGAUCAAUUUGGCAGAUUAUUCUAACACCAGAAAGUAUGAAUGCGAAACUCCUGCUUCCUGUCAUGAACCCAGUGGUGGUCCUUCAGAAAGAAGAUCUGUUAUCUGUGACAUCUCCCCUCUUAGGCAGCUUGUGCGUGAUCCAGUUAGCUCGCAUCAUGCUGCAUCUAGUCAAGACAGAUCACAGGAUAGCAGAGCUGGACAGUCUGUUAUUUUGCCUAGCGGAAUGUUGUCUUUGGAAAAGUCAAGUAGCCAAAGUGGAGUUGCUAAGGUAGAAGAUAAUGAGCCCUCAAAGAUGGUCAGAAAACGAACAGGGGAACAAUGUAUCCCAUACAGCUCUAAAGAAUCCCCUAGAGGAAAUGCAAGUCCACGAUCCAUGACUUAUGACUCCAACCAAGAUUAUAGCUCACAUGGACGUUCAUCUAAUCCCAAAAGAGGUACUGGGAGAGUAGGAUCUCGAGGAAGAUCACCUGCACAGUCUCAAGAUCUUAGUGAUAAGUUAAAGUUGUCUCCAGGAAGAAGUCGUGGCUCAUCAGAAAUUCAUCACAUGACUCCAGCAAUGAGUCUUUCAGAGCGGGCAAGCAGAGAGGCUUUGUACUCUGCUUUUUUUCAGAAUGCUGAUAAUUCUUCCCUUGGUUUUCAUACUAACUCAAGAACAAGUUCUUAUGGGGAGCCUCAUCCAUCAUUUACAUCUUCUUUGCAUUACAAAAGACAGAUGUACCAGCAGGAGGAAUACAAAGAAUGGUUGGGAAGCUCUGCUCAAGCUAUACUUUCAGCGUCACAGCAUCGUCAGGAUUUACAUAGAAAAAGCCCAAGACAGGAGCCCUUUCAUGUUCGAAGUCCUGGUAGGAGUGAAAUUGAAGGGUUAGCAUACAGCCAACCAGGUUCAUUUCAUGAACCCACCAAUAUAGACUUCACCCGCCAAAUACGUAUGAGUGAAACUACUUCCACUUUAACAGCUGGGGACUUCAAACGAAGUAGUCAAAAAACUCCUCCAGGAGACUCUGCAGGUUGGCAUCUAGGACGACAGUCUUCUCCUGUAAAGAAAGCUGGAUCUCCAGCUAGUGCAAAUCAAAAGCCAUUCAGCCCCAUUAGGGAUUCUGAAACACUUGUCCCUAGACAAAGUGAACCAAAUGAACUUUCUAAAUCUGGGUGUAAUGCUCAUCGCCAGUCAGGAACUGAAGAAUCAUCACACCAUAACCCCUUAAUUAUGAGAAGAAAAGUACGGUCUUUCAUCUCCCCCAUUCCAAGCAAGAGGCAGCUUUCUGAGGACAAAACACGUCCUGUUACCUCUUCAAAAGAAAGUUCUGACAGAACACUUGCAUCACACAUUCGGUCACCAAGGGGAAAUGAAAAUGACUUUUUAUCCAUCACAGAAGAACAAUCCAAAUCUGGUCCUGAGCAGAAGAGCCCCACUACAGUGACUCUUUCAAGUCCAACCAAAACAAAAAUUCUCCCUCCCCGCAAAGGUAGGGGUCUUAAGUUGGAAGCUAUAGUGCAGAAAAUCACAUCUCCUAAUGUUCGGCGGGCUACCGUACCAAGUAGCUCAGAGAGUGUUGUUGAGGCUGUAACACUUGAUGAUAUAUUAUCUCUCAAGGGUAGGGGUUCUGAGGUCGGGGGUUGUUCCAUGGAAGAGACAGCUGAAAGAACAGUGGAUCCUGUGCCAGACAUUUCUAACAAUGAGGUUUUAAAAAUUCAAAGCCUUUCACCAAAGUCUUUUGAAGCUUGGCCUGGUAAUGAUGACAAACAGAUUAAAAAGGAAAUUGAUGAACAAUUUAUGGAAACCAAAGAACUCCCACAAUCUGGAUCUUUAUUACAGCAAUCCUCCAACCAUUAUUUGGAAACCACUGUAAACUCUCCAGUUUUGGAACAAAAAUGUUCUUUGCCACAGUUUCAACCUCGUGAGAUGCCUGAUAAAGAGAAGGUAGUUAAUGCACCAUGCCCUGUUACCCCCAAACAAACUAUAAUACCUCCAAAAGGAUAUUUUCCAUCUGGAAAAAAGAAAGGUCGUCCCAUUGGUAGUGUCAACAAGCAGAAGAAGCUUCAGCAACAACAGCAGCUUCAGCAACAACAGCAGCAGAAUGUUCAGCAGCAAGUGCAAGAUGAACAGCAGCUUCAGUCCCCUAUUUCAACAGGCCUAGAAACUCUUCCUCCUCCCCAACAAACACCUUCAGUAUCAGAGCAAGGAUUAGAAUGUGAGCCUAAGCCAAAAAGGAGGCGAAGGGAAAGAAGGAAGCAACCUGGAACUACCAGAAGGAGGAGGGGUAUGCAAGCAGCUCCUAUAGUAGCUCCCAUAGAACCAGAGAUCAAAUUAAAAUAUGCCAGUCAAACCCUUGACAAAACAGAGACCAAACACAAAUCCUUUUCCCCUUAUAUCCAUGUGGAAAGCAAGGAGGAAUUGGGCUUGUCUUGUGUCAUCAUCAAUGCUGAAGAGGAAGAACAGAGAUGGAAAAAAGUAACUUCUGCACGAAAAGAUCAAAGAUCCACAUCUCCACAACCUUCUGAGAGUAAAGCUCUUCCAUCCUCAAGCUUUAUGGUCCAGGGGCCAGCUGUCACAGAAUCUGCGUCAGUUGGACACCUUGUCUGCUGUUUCUGUGGAAAAUGGGCAAACUACAAGAAUCUUGGUGACCUAUUUGGUCCUUUUUAUACACAGGAAUAUGCAUCUACUCUGUCCAAAAACCCACCACCCAAAAAGUCAUCCUCCGAAACGCCCCAAAAGGUAAAGGUUCGGCAUAAAGAUACAUUAGAUGGUUCUAAGAGUGACUCUGAUGAAGAGGAGGAGGAGCCACAGCAAGCCAGGGAACAACGCAGUUUGUCUGCACACCCCCGUUACAAACGCCGAAAUCGUUCUGGAGACUGUGCUGCUUCAAGACAUGCUGUACCUUCCCGUAGGAAGACCACUGAUGUUUGUGAAUUGGUCUCCUUGGAUUCUAGUGGAUCAGUCGAUGCAGUCCCUGACCAAGGAUUUCAGAUCCCUCAGCUACCUCUUGUCAACAAUGAAUUCUGGAUGCAUGAGGCAUGCGUACUUUGGGCCAAUGGUGUCUACUUUGUUUGUGGACGAUUGUAUGGAUUGCAAGAAGCUUUGGAUGUUGCCAGAGAAAUGAUUUGUGCUCACUGCCAGGAGCCUGGAGCCACCCUAGGCUGCUUCAAUAAGGGUUGUGUCUGCUGCUAUCACUUCCCAUGUGCCAUGGACUCAGAAUGUUUACUAAAUGAAGAAAACUUUUCUGUGCGGUGCCCCAAGCACAAGACCAAGACAUUAAAAGGCGUGUUAGCAGAACAGCCUGAACAGGGCUGAGGGGGGAAUCGUGGCCUAAAGUUGGAGAUAAAAUUCAAGCACAGGUAAAGGAGACCAUCACACCGUAGUCCACUAAAACUAUAUGCUCCAUUUCUACGGGUGGACAUUGCCUUCUCUUCAGAUUCAUCCAACAGCUCAAGCAUUCCCAUCAUGGACUCAGUGAUGCAUAACACAGGGGUAUCAAGGAAUAUGGUCUUACAGGAACACUCAUCUUAUAAUAAGGGAGAAAGAAUGUGUAAUUUAACGGGGAAGUAUUAAACAAAAUAUAUAAAUAUAUUUUUAAUCUGAAAAGGAAAGGGUGCAAAAAACUUUGUAUGGUUCAGAUUAAAUAUUGUUUUAAAAAAUAUGUACGGAAAUAGAGACUUUUGAAACCAGUUUUGAAAAUAUUUUCACUCUUAGACCAUUGCUCAACAUGCUACAGAGUUGUUUUCUUUACCACCCAAGAUCUAGUCUUUCAAAACGUGAUUCAGCUAUCAAAUGCAUAUAUGAACUGAAAGUUUGUACACAGCCUAUGUAUUCUGUGCAGCAAACCUAAACUGCUCAAGCUGCUGUGUUAGCAGCUAUUUUAUGUAAAUCUUGUAUAAAAUAAAACAAUCUGACCAGAAUUUUAAUAUGCAGAUGCAGUGAUGUCAGAGUAUUGUAUUUGUUUCACACCUCUCCCUUCUCUGCUUUACAGCUGUAUAUACUUUUUUUUUUUUCUACAUCAAAAAUAUAAUUUAGACUAUUUCCUGAACAGAAAAUUGUAAGAAUGCAAAACAUGUUGGUCAAUGAGCAUUUUUGUUUUUAAAGUAAAAUAAACCACCUAUGGACUAUAUAAAUUAUAUAUAUAUAUAUAUAUAUUUUUUUUUUUUAUAUUUCGUGUAUGUUGGUUCACAUGAUCAAAUGAGGGAGUGGGUGGGAGGUGCCUUUCCAGUGGCUUUCACUUCAUGAAAUUUUUACUAUUUGAAGUUAGAUGUUUCACAAAGGAAGUCAACUUUUCGAGAGAAAAAAAAGAAAAAAAUUAUGGAAAAAUUAUACAAGGAAAAAAUAA